AUGGAAAUUCUCGAUUCAUUUCAUAACAAUAAUAAAUUAAAUUCAAUUGAGGAAGAAGACGACGAAGACGACAAUUACUACGAUGAAAAAAUAGCUCAAGAGAUCUUGAUGAUUUUCAACAAUAGUAACGAAAAUUGGGAAAAUGAUGACGUCGUUGUUCAAAACGUAAAAAAUUGGUCGAAAUUAAAAAAAAUAUCACACAGCACUUUAUUUAAGUGCAUAAAAAAUCGAAGCACCAACAAGAAAUACGCAUGUCUAUUAGGAUUUUUAUAUCGUUGGGGAAUAGGGACAGCGCAAGACCAAGAAAAAGCAUUUCGUUGGUAUAAGGUUUCCGCGGAAAUGGGCGACUCACUUGGUCAAAAUGAGUUGGGCAGCUGUUACGAUUAUGCUGAUGGAACCGAACUUGGACAAUGUUAUUCGCAUGGGUUUGGCGUGAAACAAGAUUUACGAAAAGGGUACUACUGGCUGUGUCGUGCUGCUGCCGCUGGAAAUACCAUGGCUCAAUCUUUGGUUGCUGAUCGCCAGCAAUAUGGGAUGGGAACUUUUAGAGAUAUUCAUGAAGCGAUAAAAUGGCACCGUAAAGUUAUCCAGGCUAUGGAGCAGCCAGAGUAUCCAAAAUUGAUAUGGCUCUUUCAGCAAGAUUUAUAA